GUGGUCGACUCCCCACAUCUUGAGAAGAUCUUUGCAAGAAACCACAUUUAGAAACAUUGUAUGGACAUGGUUGAAUGACUCAAGUCUUGGUUAAUAAAUAACUUUCUUUUAAGCUGGUUUAUUGCUGGUCUUACAGGCUUUCUAUUUGGUGCUCUUUCAUCUCUCUAAAUUUUCAAGGAAAAACUCUGAGUCUCAAAAUGCCUCUGAGCAAGAAUAGGCUGAUUUUACUACUUGGAAUGCUCUGUGUGGAACAAGGUAAAUCUGCAACUCUCUCUCUCCCCAAAGCUCCCACUUGUGGGCAGAGUUUGGUGAAGGCACAGCCUUGGAAUUACCUUAACAUUUUCAGUCGCAUUGUUGGGGGAAGCCAAGUGGAAAAGGGUUCCUACCCCUGGCAGGUGUCUCUGAAACGAAGGCAGAAGCACAUCUGUGGUGGAACCAUCAUCUCUGCACAGUGGGUGAUUACGGCUGCUCACUGCGUUGCAAACAGAAAUAUUGCAUCAACUUUGAAUGUUACUGCUGGAGAGUAUGACUUGAGUCAUAUAGAGCCAGGGGAGCAAACCCUCACCAUUGAAACCAUCAUCAUACACCCCUACUUCUCCAUCAAGAAGCCAAUGGACUAUGAUAUUGCUCUUUUGAAGAUGGAUGGUGCCUUCCAUUUUGGCCAGUUUGUGGGCCCAAUGUGUCUUCCAGAGCCAAAGGAACAAUUUGAGGCUGGAUUUAUUUGUACAACUGCAGGCUGGGGCCGCUCAGCUGAAGAUGGCGUUCUCUCGCAGGUAUUGCAGGAUGUGAACCUGCCCAUUUUGACCCAGGAAGAGUGUGUGGCAGCUUUGUCAACCCUAAAGAAACCCAUCAGUGGGCAGACCUUUCUCUGCACAGGUUUCCCAGAUGGAGGGAGAGAUGCAUGUCAGGGAGAUUCAGGAGGUUCCCUCAUGUGCCGGAAUAAGAAGGGGGCUUGGACUCUGGCUGGUGUGACUUCUUGGGGUUUGGGCUGUGGCCGAGGCUGGAGAAACAACAUGCAGGAAGAUAACCAAGGAUCCCCUGGGAUCUUCACAGAUCUUAGAAAAGUGCUUCCCUGGAUCCACAAACACAUCCAAAUUGGGAAGCAGGGGAAGAGCUCCAGAGCCUCAUGCAGUGAGCAGGAUCGUGUGCUCCGUGAGUCUCAGGGGGAGCUGCACUUCCCAGAAAGCCCCUACCUGUACUAUGAGAGCAAGCAGCUGUGUGUCUGGAUCCUGCUGGCACCAGAGAAUAUGCAUGUGCUGCUCAAUGUUUCCCACUUGGAUGCAGAGUCUUGUCACCACACUUACCUCUCGAUAUAUUCCUUAGAAGACAGACUUCUUGGGAAGUUCUGUGGAGAAAGACUCCCUUCAUCAGUUCUUAUUGGCUCCAACUCUGUACGGCUGAAUUUCGUCUCUGAUGCCACAGAUCAUGCAGCUGGGUUUAAUCUCACCUAUAAAGCUCUAAAACCAAACUACCUUCCUGAUUCAGGUUGCAGUUCCCUUACUGUCCUUUUUGAAGAAGGCCUCAUACAGAGUCUUCACUAUCCUGAAUACUAUAGCAACAUGGCCAACUGUGACUGGGUUUUUCAAGCCCCCAAACACUACCUAAUAAAGCUUUCCUUUCAGAGUCUGGAAAUAGAAGAGAAUGGAGAUUGUUCUUCUGACUACGUGGCGGUGCACAGGGAUGUGGAAGGACAGGAGGAAAUAGCAAGGUUUUGUGGUUUCGUUGCUCCUGCCCCUGUGCUGAGCUCCUCUGGUGUAAUGCUCAUCAGCUUCCAGUCAGAUAAAAAUGUGACCUACAGAGGCUUUCAAGCUACAGUCUCUUUCAUCCCUGGAACAGGUAAGAAGACAGAGGCAUCAACAUCUUGGGUCCCGAUUGCCAUCCUCGUAAUGCAGUAAGAAUGGGAAGCCUUUACAGCCCAACAUGGAUGCAGUUGGUCCUCAGCAUUUG